AUGGUCGCGGAACCUGCUUUCGUAAGAAAAUCAAGUGCUUCAGCGACAUUGCUGACAUCAAAAUGCAAAGUUUCCAAAUGCAAGACUUGCUCUUAUAUUCAACUCCCUCUUUAUUCUGCUGCCCGAGCUUCAUAUUCCAUGGAUGAAGACAAGAACAAGGUCUACAAACAACUGGGUUUAUUUGCAUUGAAAAGGAAGAUUGAAGAGGCAGUUUUGCGAGUUGAAAUGUUGGCCCCUGCGGCACUCGAACAUGAAGAGGCAAAACGAAAUAAACAGGAAGAAAUGAUAUGGGCUUAUGACCUCUGGGACGACCCUGCUAAAUCCGAUGUGAUUCUUGCCAAGUUAGCUGAUAGUGCCAAAGUGGUUGAUGCCCUUAAGGAUUUAACAUAUAAGGUUGAAGAGGCAAAGUUAAUAACGCAGUUGGCCGAGAUAGAUGCUAUCAAUUAUGGGCUUUUCAAGCAAGCAUAUAGUUCUUCUUUAAACGUAAGCAAGGUUUUGGAUCAUUAUGAGAUGGCCAAGCUUCUAAAGGGGCCAUAUGACAUUGAGGGAGCAUGUGUAGUUAUUAAAGCUGGAUCUGAAGGUCACUCUGAGUCUGAUUUUUCCUUCAACAUUCUAAAUAAUAUAACUGUAAGAGUCAAGACAAUGCUCCAAUGCUAUGCCAUGUCUCAUAGCUCUAUUAUGAAACUUGACACAUUUGUGGAAAUCAUGCAGAGUAGCUCAGCAAGCGUAGACAUUGUUCCCCUGUUUUUUGAAAACACUUACAACCUUCAAAUUGAUGAUAGGGAUUUGAAUAUCACAUCCUCCUCCAUGCUUGAAGAAGAGCAGAGUGGAACUAGACCUUCAAUCUGUAUUCAUCAUAUUCCUACUGGCAUAAGUGUCCAAUCAGCAGGUGCUUAG